AUGAUAUCGAGAGGUGUCAGCUCGCUGCUGCGAGUAGCGGCGUCAUCACCCGCGGCCGCCGCAUCGCGCUCGCCCCUGGCGGCAGCGGCCAGCCGUCAACUGUCCACGUCGUUUGCUCCCAAGCUGCCCAACUCGACCGACAAGCGUCAACAGCCUUCGCAGCCUGCCGAAUCCGACUCGACCUCGGCGCUCGACUACAAGCUGGCGCACAAGCUCCGCAAGCUCCCACCGCUGCCUUCGCUCGAGCCUCCUUCGCUCGAUGCACCCCAGGCUGUCUCCAACAUUCUCUACAACACCCCUCCCCCCUCCAAGGCGCCGUUUAAGCGACACACGCUCAACUGCCUGGUGCAGAACGAGCCGGGUGUGCUGUCGCGCGUGGCAGGCACGCUGGCCGCGAGAGGGUUCAACAUCGACUCGCUCGUCGUGUGCGGCACCGAGAUCCGCGACCUCUCGCGCAUGUGCAUCGUGCUCCGCGGCCAGGACGGCGUCAUCGAGCAAGCCCGUCGGCAGCUCGAGGAUCUCGUCCCUGUCUGGGCCGUGCUCGACUACACCAACACCAAGGUUAUCGAACGCGAACUCAUGCUCGUCAAAGUGUCUAUCCUCGGGCCCGAGUACUUUGAGGAAUCCCAACAGGCCACCGCCUCCCCGGCGGGCACACCGGAGCUCAUCGCCGAGCGGGAAACCGACUCUUCCAAACCGCCCACAGCCGGCAGCGUUGCAGCACAGCAGGCGCCGCUCACCCCCACCGAGGCGCUGCGUGUCAAGUCGGACAACAUGCGCUCUGUCAUUGCGUUUGCCGAGCAGUUCCGCGGCCGCGUCGUCGAUGUCUCCGCCACCAGCGUCAUUGUCGAGAUGUCCGGAAAGAGCAGCCGCUGCGACGCCUUCUUGAAACUCGUCCGUCCCUUCGGCAUUCUGGAGUGCGCGAGGUCCGGUACCAUGGUCCUGCCAAGAUCGCCAAUUCCUUCUUCGUACGCUGGCGCCGAGGAUCUGUUCGAAGACGAGGUGGAUGCUGUCGAUGCCGGUGCCUUGCCCCCUGGUUAA